GAACUCUGUUUGCGUGUCAAAGUGCUUCAGCUAAAUAGUCAUAUCUCAAGAGACACCGUAAACAUGUCUGAUUAUCGACGCCCUAUCGCUUUCUUGAGGCGCCUGAACGUUCGCGAUGUUCUCGCCAGUCGCAGCCUCGUCGCUAACUGGGACACACGAGUUUCCCCAGCUUGGGACGCUUUUCGACAGCCCAUGGAUCUUGAUGAGGCUUCCAUUAUCGCUUCUGCAGAUGGAAAAACGCUUACGCCUUUCGGCUUGGUACCUUCCAAGAAGCUUAGAAAGGAGGCACUGGCAUAUAGCCUUCCCUACUUGAACCAAGACGCAUGCUAGGCAUCUCCGUGCUGUUGGCAGCCAUUGAGCAACUAGGCGCAAGAAUCUAGUGAAGAAUGUCCACCAAGUAUGUCGCACUACACUGCGUUUUAUGAAGAUGAAGCAAACAAUCCAAAUCAAGAAUCAUUUACCUAAUUGUCUGCUCAUAACCACCUCCACCACAGGCAUUAUAUCUCAUCUUCGUGAAGACUCGCCUUGGGUUUGACGCGCUUCGGCCCCUUCCUUUUACCAAGAUAGUCGAGUUUGACGUCGCAAAUAUCAACGAAAUCCAAUCGCAGAUUGAGUUAUGCUAUAAGCCAUGGGACUUGACUAAACAGCAGCAGAGGGAGCGUAUAUCGGUACUGGAGUAUGACAGUUUAGGUUUUUAGAUUCCACGCUUACGCGUCUUAUGCACUUGGGGUAGAAUCUAGCGCAGAAACAUCAGUACAAAGCGAAGGCUUUGACUUCUAGGCUUGAACUUCAUAAGCAGCAUGAGGCCGAAGUCUUACGGUCACACUUUCUUUAUCUCAGAUCUGGCUGUCAUCUCCACACCUUCAGGUUCAGGCAGCAGGAUGCGCGGCAGCAGCGCGAUUUGGUCUCCGGCACAUCAUAAACCCCAGCUUGAUUUUGCCGGUUUCGGAGUCCGUCAUUCGUUUUAAGUGGGGUGGAGGUAUUACCCUCGGGAUGGACGAGUCCAGCAAGUUCCGAACCAAGUGGCGAUCUUGCAACGUAUCGACCUAGACUCUAAACCUUUCAGCUUCGUUUGCAGUAGUUGUUCUUGUAUGCAUGACGUCGCACUUUUCUACUUCCCUCAUCUCAAGACGGAUCUACGUUGCGUGUUGUUCUUAGUCAAGUCAGCCUGAUCCACGUCUGCUCAUGACGGUAAGAGGCUUCACACUCUCCGACUGGAAAACUGACAGGUCAUCUUGCACGAUGGUCAGCAACAGAAGUUCGCGUCGCCAAACUUGAUUGCGCUGCCUUAUGUGGAAGUUCCUGAGCAUAGCAAGGGCUUUUUAUCCGCACACAAAAAGGAACUACAGGGGCACUUCUUGCUGCUUGAGAGGAAUGCGCCAGAACUAGUGGGGUUGAUCUAUGGAGCACCUGAGGAUAAUCUUGUCGGUCAACCAGCAGCGCCAGCAAGUGGCGUCAUCUGCAAUCUCUUGGUGGAUCAGUGUGAAACGGAGAUGAGAAUAUGCCAGUGCUUGUCACGAGUGGGGCGGACGAGAUUGAGGUUCGGCGUCCAUCAUCGUCUGAGCAAUCAUUGCAAUAAGACGAAGGCGAUCACUGAUAUGCGGCUUGCUGCGCGAUCUUUCCGCCGUGGGCCUAUGAGUUCGGAGACUCUUGUUCCUGCGUUCAAGCGUGCGCAAAAGCGCGUCCAAGACCAGCUUGAGGCUGGUGUGAUGCCAUCGAACCAUGAAGCAAUUACCAGAGAGACGAAUCUGGAGCUGCGGGACGCUGUCAAAUUGAGUACUACACCUUCUUGCUCUGGUUUUCUGGUAGACGUUUUUACUCGUCUGGUCACCUUUUACAUUUGAUGCAUUUAGUUCUGGACUUCUCUUGUUGUUGCUCUGCAGAUGAAGGUCCGUCAAGAUGUGGGGAGCGCGGCACUUGCCGCAGCCGCUCUGUUGGCCUGGCCAUGGGCUGCCGUAGUUGGCAUUGAAACUGCCUGGAUGUAGUCAGCUUCAAUGCGCGACCAGUAUCAGACAGUGGCCAGCUUGCACCAACACAGCGUGGCGACCUCAGAGCUGGACCAGCGUCACCGAACUCGCCUGAAGCCGACGUGAGCGGGGUCGACAGGCUUCUCAGGUUGGUGCUUCAGGGUUUGCCGGGGCUUCGGCAGUCUGAGUCCAGCAACCUGGCGUCCCGCAGCUCUGGCUUCGUACUGGAGCGGAACCUGUUUCCAGGGUUCUUGCCGCUCAAUUCGCCUUGAUAAAUGCAAUCUGCGUUGCCGUCGUCACGGGAACAGCGGUCGAGCAGGGUGGGUUGCUGCCAGACCGUUUGUGGGUCGUUGGGAUAGGGUAUCUGGCUCUCGCGAUGCGGCAAGAUCGAAGCGUCUCAGAGAGCCUUUGUUGGUGGGUCAGAUGCGGCUGACCAGACCUGACCUUCAGAGGCAUCAUCUCUGGUUCUUCGAUCCUGUUCGUCAGGAUCCAUGGUCGGCUGCCAGUUCAGCUCGGCCAAAGGGGCGUCAUGUAGUGCGGCUUGGCUUCUCGAUUCGUGGCCAGAUUAGUGGGUCCUUCCAGUCCUCUGGAAAGGACGGCUCUGACCGUCUCAACUUUCUGGUGACUUUUGAGGGUCGCCAGAAAUUUGAUGGAAAAAAUCGAGUGCUUGUGCAAAAUCCCCAAAUGGACCAUACAGUGGGGAUAAAAAUUGGGGAGAGCCAUUUGGGGAUUUUGCACAAGCUCCGAAAAUCAGGAGGCGAACCAAAAACUUUCGGGUGCUUGUGCAAAAUCCCCAUUUGGCCACUUUGAGAGGGAUAUCCGUGCGGGAUAGGUCCCACUAAUCGACCAUUUCCCUUUAGGCGGUCCUUUUCGAGGCCUCGCCGAUGGCUUCUGAGGUGGCCAAGGAGCGCAUUAGAGUAGGCAGCUUUCGGACUCAGUUUGGCGUCAUUUUGAUCUCCAAAUCACACCAGACGUGCCUCUGUGGGAAGAGCUGGAGUCGAGAUGGUUUGGCAAUCGGUCAGCCGCUGCUUGGAGACAGAAGUUUGGGUCACUCUGUUGGGCGAUUCUUGAGGAGCUCAAGCGCGGUCCACAGGAGGACAUAGAGCUGGAGAUCCGGUUAGUCCUGGAGGCGCGUGCGAACCCACAGGAGAGCUCCGAUAGCUCGGCGAACGACGACAUUGUUGCUCCCGAGAAUGGCCUCUUCGAGCGGCUCGAUGGAGACGAGCUGGCGGGUCUGGAUCGCGAGAGUAUCGAGGUCAAUUUCGUCCCUUGGGGAACCACCGCAACAGCUGGUGGCGAUGGCGUACCAAUCGUGACCUCAGUUGUUGACUUACCAGAAGCGGACGUGAACGGCCACACACACCGACUGCAGAAGGCGAUUGAGGAGGUGUCUGUGGACAGCGCGACAGCACACUUACGAGCAACGCGAGUUCUGUACGAGUACCACUGUCUUGUUCUGGCAAUAGUGCAGCAGAAGAAUGAGCUGAGGCCGGGAGAGGUGGAGGUCAUCUUCGAGUCUGACUUGGCAAAGCUGUUGAACGUACAACGUGGAUGCCCUAUCGUUCGUUGGAAUUUCAUACACGAAGUGAAGCUGGGCACCAUCUUCAAGUACUUGUUCUGCGAUCUCCUCUCCGGUUGUCGAAACAUCGAGGAUUGGAAUGAGAUCCGCCUCAUCCUUCCCCAGCUUUCGGUGCACUACAUGUGGGAGCUGUGGGAUCCGUGUUGGAACUUGUGGUCGUCAAAAACGUUUAAGCGAGUCGAGCUCCACGACUUCACCCGACAAGAGUACGAGACUGCUGCUGCAGCAAUCGAUAGGCCUGCGUCUUCUUUCGCUCGUCUCGAGACUGAGUACUUGAACAACAUCGAUUCUCCAGGUGGUCCCGCGAAAACAGCCACUUCCAUCGCGUGUUCGUUGUAUGGCUUUCCUGGAUCCGAGUUGCACAAUGAGCUGCAUUGGGCCACAGCAAAUGCACCAGCGAAGAAGCGAACCAACCCAUCGUAUCUCAUCAUGAAUCGACACGAGUGGAGCCUUGGCCAGAGCUUGCCAUGUCCGAUCAUGGACGCUGGCCAAACGGAUGACUCGCUUCAUCCUUGGGACCCAGAAGCCGUCGUGCAGGUCUCAGAAAGUCUUCCAGAUGCAACCGACAGAGAAGCUGGCUUGCAGCACAUCAAGAAAGCUUGCUAUCCAUACCGCGACCGCAAGAAAGCAGACCCCAUCGUGAAGAAGGCGACCCGAACGGCAGCGGUUGGUGGCGCGGCAAACCUGAGCACGUUAGCUUUGCAGAAACUCACAAAGGCCAUCGACUUAUUGGAGGAUGAAGAUGUGAAGAGUGGAACGAUCUGGUCGAACUACGGAUCACGCGCAUUGCGGACCCGUUGGGCUUUGCAGCGCGCCAGAGACGGACACUCGGUGCAGCAGAUCAAAGAUAGAAAGUGGAUCGCCAACUUGCUGCAUGAGGCUCUACUCUUACCACGCCAGGGCUACAAAGGAGUGAUUACGCUCAAGCGUGGCGACUCCUGCAGUCUCAUAGCGUGGCCAGUGGCAGGCCUCGUUGUUGCGUUUGCGAUGGAACCCUGCCGACAAACGCCUGGGAAGUGGUUGCUUCGUUCUGGCUCUGCUGAUGCAUCACGAUGGGAGCCUGUGGUCACGGAUCUCGUCAAUGCGGAGCUGAACCGUGGACCCUUCGACCUCGAGUUCAGCGAGGAAGGCGUCUGGUUCACCGAGAAGGGCGCAGACUUUGACACCAAAGACAUGUUGCUUGAGCGGUGCCGUGGGAUGAGUGCCGAGCAGCAGCAGCGCCUGUUGCUGACGAUUAGUCCAUCAUUCCAACAUCUAGCAUUAGAUCUUCCGCUUGCCGCAUACAGGGUACUCGUCCGGUACUUCAUAGUAGACGCUCCGCCGGAAGGUCGAACCAUCAGCGCAGCAGGUGUGAGGCUGGUCAACAAGCGGUCCAGGAGAAAUGGCGCUUUUGCGAAUUUGGAGGAGGUCAUGUGGGAAGUGCCGAAAUCCAGUGGACCUAAUCCAAAACGAGCUCGUCAAGACGAUGCUGGAGCGGCAAAUGCGCAAGCAGCUGCUGCGGCAGACAUUUUCGCAGAGGAAGAUGCAGCAGAAGCAGAGCUCGAGGAGAUCAGGGCCAGGACUGAACUUGGUCGACAAGCUGCUGCGUAUGUUGGUGCCAUAUCAUGCAAGGGCUGCGGAGCCUCUCUUGCUACCUACCGCAGCCACCUCAGACGCACUAAAGGUGUCGAAUGCACAAAAGUGAAGCUAAUCUACGACGACUCGGUGGAGCGACCUCUCAAGAAUGGCGUAAAUCCAGUGCGGACGAUGAGCGGCCAGGCAAUCGAGCCUUUCAUUCGUGAGCAAUUCAUGGAGCAUAAUCUCAAGGAAAACCAUACAUGUGACGUAAAUCCAUUUGACAUCGAUAUUUGCCCAGAAGUGGCAGGGGUCCGCGACCUCUAG